CAGCCGAGCCACGCCGCGGGAGCAGCCCCGCUGCCCGCCCCGCUCCGCUCCGCCCGGCCCGGCGGCGCCGCAGCCGGCAGCAUCGCGGCGGGACUGCCCGGGGAUGCAGCCGCGCUAAGAACAAAAGCCCUCUACGCGGUCACGCUCCGGGGCUUUGAAGCGGCCCGGCCCGGCCCGGCCAAACUUGGAUCUCUGCCCCCUCCGCCGAGCCGCGGCGGGCGUCCGGAUUGAACUCUCCGGCGCCUUCCCCGCACGCCGCGGGCAGCGGCAGCGCCUGAGACCCGGGGUUCCCCCGCCUGCCGCCCUCGCCCGCUGCGCGCCGUCCCGCCGGGGCUGCCCGGGGAGGGGGGCCGCACCCCGCGCCGCCCGGCACGGCACCGCGCCGCCCCGGGGACCCCGGCCGCCUCCCCGCCGCGGGACCUUGGCUUUGCCCUUCGCACGGCAGGUGGCGGGGCCAGCGGAGAAGGAUGCGUUUCUUCCCGUGGGGAUUUUGGCUGCUGUGUGUCGCCUCCGCCCCGGCUCGCGGUGACAGCGGCAGCAAGGCGAGGAGCUGCGCCGAGGUCCGGCAGCUGUAUGGGGCCAAGGGCUUCAGCCUCAGCGGCGUGCCCCAGGCCGAGAUCUCCGGGGAGCACCUGCGAAUCUGCCCACAAGGCUAUACCUGCUGCACCAGCGAGAUGGAGGAGAACUUUGCAAACAAAAGCCGAAGUGAAUUUGAAGCCAUGAUGAAAGAGGCCGGUCGCUCUGUGCAGACGACCCUAACAGCGCAACACAGAAGCUUUGACAGUUAUUUCCAGGAUUUGUUGAACAAGUCAGAAAAGGCCCUUUAUGAUGCUUUUCCAAGCAUGUACGGAGAAUUGUACACUCAAAACAUGAAGGUCUUCAAGGACUUGUACAGCGAGCUACGUCGCUAUUACCGGGGCUCCAACAUCAACUUGGAAGAGGCCCUCAAUGAGUUCUGGACACGCUUGCUGGAGCGGCUCUUCAAGCUGAUGAAUCCCCAGUACCAUAUCACAGAUGAGUACCUGGACUGCAUGGUGAAACAUGCGGAGCAGCACAAACCCUUCGGGGAAGUUCCCAGGGACCUGAAGGUGAAGGCAACCCGAGCCUUCAUCGCGGCACGCUCCUACGCACAGGGCUUUCUUGUGGGCAGCGAUGUGGUCAAAAAGGUGUCUCAGGUAUCUCUCAGCCAUGAGUGCACUCGCGCCAUCAUGAAGCUGAUGUACUGCCCGCACUGCCGAGGCAUGUCCAGUGUGAAGCCAUGCAACAACUACUGCCUGAACGUUGUGAAGGGCUGCCUGGCCAACCAAGCAGACCUGAACACCGAGUGGAAGUACCUGAUGGAUUCCCUGGUCGUAGUGGCCGAUCGGAUUGAUGGACCUUACAACGUAGACACCGUAAUAGGGACCAUUCACAUGAGGAUCGCUGAAGCAAUUUCUAACUUGCAAGAAAACAAAGAUUCAAUCACAGCCAAGGUUUUCCAAGGCUGUGGAAAUCCCAAAAUCAGCACAAAAGGCUCCAGCAGCGAUGACAAGAAAAGGAGGGGGAAGGUUGCAUUGGAAGCAAAAUCCUCUGCGCAAGCACUGGAGAUGCUGGUUUUAGAUGCCAAAGGGAACCUGACAGCUCUCAAGACUUACUGGAUCACCCUGCCCAGCAGCCUAUGCAGCAAAAAAGUAAUGGCCAGCUCAGCAGCAGAUGACAAGUGUUGGAACGGGAUGACCAAGGGCAGUUACCUGCCUGAAGUGAUGGGGGACGGCUUAGCUAAUCAGAUUAACAACCCAGAGGUAGAGGUGGACAUCACCAAGCCAGAUAUGACCAUUCGCCAGCAAAUCAUGCAGCUAAAGAUCAUGACAAACCGGCUGGGCAACGCUAACAUUGGGAAUGAUGUGGAUUUCCAAGACGCAAGUGAUGACAUGAGCGGCUCUGGAAGUGGUGACAGCUGUCCUGACGACGUCUGCGGCAAAAGACUUUCUAAGAGCCCCAGCACCAGGCAGCCAGAAACGCAUGCUAUUCCUAAGCAGUCUGGACACGGCAUUAAUGGGGCCAGCAGCAGAUCUUUGCCUUCUGCCUUCCUCCUCCUCCUUUCGGUGGCUUUCAUUGCCACGCAGCACUUGUGGCGGUAACUCACUAGCACAGCCAGGAAAGAGACUGCGGCCGGGGGCUUCACUUUGCCAAAACCAACCAACAAACCAACCAACCAACCAAAGGACAUAUUUAAUUCACCUUGGCAACAAAAAAAAAAAAAAAAGAGGGAGGAGAAAAAGGUUUCAGUUGUUUGCUAUUUCUGGCAGUGCUCGAGCUGUUUUCUUCUUUCUUGGUCUUUUCCCCAAUGCUGGGCCCUUCUUUCCGUACCUCAUUGUUUUACUUUUGUUAUUGCCACAAACUGGCUCUUGAGGCUGAAACAAGCCUUUGCAGAGAGGCCUCCAGGGGGAACCCAGCCGGCCCCUCCGAGGGCAGCUCUUCUGCCUCCCGUGGAAUACGCAAUUGCCCUGAUCUAGUUACCCAGCUGCUGGCCAGAGCGCUGCUUACCAUACAGCUGCUGAAAGCAAGAUGACGCCGAGAGCAACGCCACUUCGUAACGCAGAGAUACUGAGAUGGUCAGCGCUGCUCAAGUGCUGCAUUCAGGGUCUCUUUCAGGUUUUUCCUCUGUACUUCCUAGGCCGGCAGAGAUGGCCCUUCACUUCCAGUGGCAUACGUAGGAGCGUGAGCAGGUUUGGUGGGUUGAACUGAAACAGUUUGGCAGUGGCUGUUGGACCCAAAAACGCAGAACUCCCUUUUUCUUUGGAAAGGUCACAAGUGGGUUUCUUGACUAGAGCUCGUAGCUGACGACAAUUUGAAAUGUAGGUCUCCUACAUCUAAGUGACUGGGAAUGAGUGUUAGGGGUUGGGGUUUGGGGGUAUUUUUUCUUUGCAUGCUAGUUGGAAAGCCAUUUUUUACCCAAGUGUUAAUGGUCCAAUUUCUACCUGCAGUGCAGUACCGUCAUAGGUAACAGAGAGAUGAAAAUAUGCACAGUAGGAUUCUCCACUUGACAGGCAGUUGUGCUGCCUCCUCCUCCUCCUCCUCUGGCCCCAGCUGUGGAUGGGAAUCUCUUUUUUUUUUUUUUUGGUAAAAAGAAAGAACAGGGACUUUUUACUAACUGGAGCAUUGCAACUGGUUGUGAGAGCUCACACCGGGCACGUGCAGGAGUGACCCCCCCCAGGGAGCUGCCUUAGGGCAGAGAGGGGCUGGUAGUGAUUAGCCCUGGGCAGUGUCCCUACCCAGGAGACUGACUCAAGGUAGCACCUACCAGGGGGGCAUGUGAGGACGGGACAUGUUCUGUUUGAGAUAUUUUUUUCUUUUGGCAUUUCUUGCUGUUGCAUUGUAGGUUUUUAAGUGAAUUCCCGCUUUCCCUGUCCCUUCCCCAUCCUCCCACGCACCUUCCCUAACCACUGCAGGGACAGGGUGAGACAGCGGGUCAGACACAUGCCAGCAGCUCCAUUUUGGCUCAGGGAAGGGCCAGGCUCACCCUCUGCCGCCCCGUCCCACCACACGCCAGCCUCUGGGUCACACGGGCGGCUGCCCUAAACCCUGAAAUGCUUGAUAGGGUGGACUCCAUGCCGGGUUCUGAGACUGGGGGUGGUCGGUGAAAGAUAUAAAUAUCCUCACGUAGCUGUAGGAGUGUCUGUGCUUGUAGGGCUGUGUGCUUCGGGGCUUCCAGAAGGCUUCUGUACCUGACAGGUACGACAAGCAUCGGCUGGAGAUGUAGGUUUAGCAGAUGUUACAGAUACAACACAGUCACUGUGACUGGUUGGGCCGAGAGCAUGCCCAGGGGUUGGGCUUCAUUCAUAUGGGGUUGGGUUUGAGUUUCAAAUGUGUUUGUACUGCAGGUGAGAGGGAGGGCAGAGGUGUAUCUAUCUCCUACUUUACUGGUCUGCACAGCAAACGUUUGAGCAUUUCUCCUCUGUCCUGCCAGAGGAGACAUGUCUUUGGGGUGAGCAAACAUUAUGGGGUUGGGGUUUGGCUGUUUACUAAGAAAGGGAAAAAAAAAACAUUUGUAACAUUAGCAGUUUCUAGAAUGUGCAGUUUAAGGGCAGAUGAGAACAUGAGCAAGGUAACGCCAAAAGCCGGUGCAGGCAGGCACGGAGGGAGCUUAUCGCCUGCCCUCCCUGGGGCAGGGGUCCCACCUGGGGCCAGGUAAUGACACUGACGGUACCUCAAACUAGGCAGAGAUUUUAGGCCAGCUUUGACUUCUUGGCUUCUCCAAGUCACAGUGACUAAUGUUACUGACUUGGUAUCCUUUCUGCCUUGUACUCACCGCCUUGUAAGGUUAAAACUGAUCUAAUCUGGUAGUGUUCCAGAAAUGAAAGCCAGGAUGCUGGACGUUGGCUAAAGGACAGACAAUGCCACUAGAACCAUCAGAACCCAGGAGUGGAUAAAUACAAGUCACAGAUUUAUACAGAUUUAUUUACUUCUAGAAAUAUGGCAAGUUCCAUGUUACUUUUACUGCUCUAAAGAGUUCCUAUCUUUUUUGUUUGGGUUUUUUUUUAACCAGAAUCGCCAAUACAAAUUUAGCCUUCAGUUACAGAAAUCCCCACAACCAAUCCUGCAGAAACUUUACAUCCAAAGCAAAAAAAGAAGGGAGAGGGGGGCAUUAAAACAUUGUACCCUCUUCAAAAAAUGGUUGGGUUGGAUUGGAGUUUUAACACAUGGAUGCCGAGGUCAAUGUUUUGCUUUGCAGAAUGGGAGACUGAAAGGGAAGUCCUUGUCAUUUCCAUUUCUGUGCAGUUAGCAUUUGCUGUCAGCCUGUUACCCUCACAAGCUUCUUAUGGGUUCCAAGGGGAGAACACCUUAAAUGUGAAACCAAGGAUUUACUGAUUGUCUAGUUAAUAUUUUAACAAUUUAAUAGCCCAAAUUAUUGGUCUUGUUACAAUAAUAAAACCCGAUAGUCCAAAAUUAAUAAGACAAAGCCUCAAGGAUACAGUAGAAACUGUUAUGCGGGAGAAACCCUUCCUGAUGCCUUCCCCCUUUGGCUGGGGUUGAGCUCCCACUUCAGUGUCCCUCUGGGCCCCGAGGGCGACUGCUUCAGUCCUCCUGGAGCCGAGCUGGGGGUCAGACCAGCAUCAGCAGCCCGAGGUCUGCCCGGGCGGGCAAGGGCAGUGCCGGGGGCUCUUCCCCCUCUUUGCCAGGAGGCGCAUGAUGUUGGGGUUGACGCUUCCUCCCUCCUCAGCCCUGGGUCUGCUUGGGUUUAUUUUGUAUACCUUUUCACACAGUCUGCCUACACUGCUGCUUUUUGUCAGUUCCUGGUUAUUAAGUUUUUCUGUUCUCUUCGUUGCCCUGAAGCGGUUUCCUCGACCUGCUGCAAUUCAGUGGCCGGGGCAGUGCUCGGCCGUGCCACCUUCCACUGGGAAGCCGAAACGGCCGAGUUCCCCCAGGUAAUUGACUUGGUAUCACUCUAAACUAAAGCAAACCUAAAGCAAACCAUAGUUACCUGACAGCUAGACAAGCGCUGGCAUGGCUCAACAAGCUGAAGUCAGCCCAGGUCCAGACAAGCCCUGAGCCUGCGCUCGGGCUGACACAGAGCCUGGGGCCUUUCAGUGCUGAUAAAUGACAUUUCCUGGGCUACUGCCUGCUCGAAACUGUUGUGACAAACCUCCCCAGCCCCGCGGCGGUGGGGGGCUGAGGGCUGCAGCCAUGGCGGGGGCUGGCAGCUGCCGUGGGUUGGUUACGUGAAUGGGGAGCUCUGGGGAACGGGGAUGGCUGGGGAGGAACGUUUGCUUCGAUGUUAGCAAGAUGGUGAUUCAUGGUGUUCUGGUUUGAAAAGGCCUUGUACUUCACAGGGAUGCGGAGCGGGGUGAUGGUCUAGGAAAAAAUAUUAACAAGGACCCCUGUCCCUGAAAAGAGGAGAACCAGAAAUAGUGGAUUUCCAAGUGUCUCUGUCUUUCAGCCUGCUCUUUUGUGCCAUAAUGUGUAUGUUUUAACUAAGGGCGAGGGUCUCAAAAGGCUUUGAGAGCGCAGCUACUUAUCAUUUACAAAUGACAAACUGCCUGUUGUUUUCCGGUGGGCUUGAUAGGGGCUAAGGUAUAGCAAAAUAUCUAAAGUCCACCUUUGCUUUAAACAGAUGCAUUUCUACCUGCAGGAGUAAGAAUUAUUUCACUUAUUGGCAUAGCUGGACAGUUAUCUAUUUCUUUCUGUUACCAAGGUACUUGUAACUCUCUUGCACUGUUUAUCUAAAGUUGAAAUAUGUUCUUUGAAUCCUUGUAUAAAUAAAAAGGCUGGAGACUUAAA